CAGUGUUUGCAAAACAUGAACUUGGCCCUCGGAUACAGCGAAUACGAAGGCAUUCCCCUGGAUUAAAUAACGGAAACGCACCGCGUAUAACUGACAGUCGAAGGGUACGCGUAUGAAGCAUGGGGCCUGUCUGUUUUCCGAACCAAAGCAACAAUGUUAGGUGCCCAGAUCCUGAGUAUCCUUUUCUCUUUAUCUUUUCUGCGUGUCAUACCCCGUGUGCAAUUUAGCCGGUUGCUGUGGGUUGGACAUGAGCGACAAGAGAUCUAUCUCUUGCGUCUCUUUCCAUAGUCAACCUUGCCAUGUCUCUACCUAUCUAUCUUACUAUCUAUCUCCUUCACUUGGAUCCUCGGUCUAUAGAACCCUAUCUUGCUGUCUACAAAUGUUUGAUUCUCUAUUGCUUUUCUUUUUCUUUUUACUUUUUCUUUUCUUCGGUCUGCGUCCAACGGAAAGCCUUUUCUAUAUCUCGUUGGCGAAUGUUAUUUUCGGCGCUGGUGAGCUGCAGAAUAUAGAGGGAGGAAUGAAAAGUCAUUUUUACCUGUGGAUUUCUCUUUCUCCUGGAUCUAUCUUGCAUUUUUGCAGUGGAUUUGAGCCUGCCCUUGGGAUUAUUUACCAAUGCUACGUAAAUAGUUCUUGCUAGGAUGUACUAUAACCUCUGUGACAAUAUACCUACUAGGCAGUUA